AUGGCAGCCAACUACUGGGCAUCAUCCCAGCGUCGGCACUGGCUAUUCUCCAGGGAGAAGUUAGCAGAUAUCCGUGAAGGAUUACGGGAGAAGGAUAAAGUUGCCCAUUCGCAGUUCCCGCUGCCGGAUCAGCGACUAUUAAAUAUCUACUUUAACCAACAGCUUAUCAAGCUCGGCAAACGCAUGUCCACCAGACAGCAGGCCAUUGCGACAGCACAGGUGUAUCUGAAGAGAUUCUAUGCCAAGAAUGAGAUUCGACAGACAAGUCCAUACCUUGUACUCACCACAGCCUUCUAUCUUGCCUGCAAGAUGGAAGAAUGUCCACAGCAUAUCCGCUUUGUGGUCGGCGAAGCGCGCGGUCUGUGGCCAGAAUUUAUUACCCCGGAUGUGGCAAAGCUCGGAGAAUGCGAGUUUGCCUUAAUAUCGGAAUUGAGCUCGCAACUCAUCGUACAUCAUCCUUAUCGGACUUUGUCCGAACUUCAAACCGAACUAUCACUCACCUCGGAUGAAGUCGCUCUCGCCUGGUCGGUUAUCAACGAUCAUUAUCUGACAGAUUUACCCCUUUUACACCCACCUCAUGUCAUUGCUAUCAUGGCAAUCAUCGUCGCUGUCGUAUUCAAGCCCACCCAUUCAUCCAACUACCCUGGAACCGGGCAAUCGGCUUUGGCAGGCUCUAUGAGAGAUGGAGGCGGCAUGCAGAUGCUGGCCGCUUUGUCAGAUAAGACUGGAUCCGGUCCUCCUCCUAAAAUUCAGAAGCUUGUCAGCUGGCUUGCAGAAGGCGAAGUCGAUAUUAAAGCUGUCAUCGAGUGUACACAAGAGCUGGUCUCCUUGUAUGAGGUGUGGGAGCAAUAUAGCGAGAAGAACUGCAAAGAAUUGCUUGGGCGGAUGGUGAAGAGCAAGAACUUGGACAAAUGA